ACCUUUGAGAGGCUAUGGCUCUGCGAGCAGCAUGCGCUGCGGGGUCGAUGGCCUUGCGGAAGGCAGGGAGGCCAGCGGGAGCUGCCGCGAUGCAGGGAUGUUUCAUGCCCAGCUAUGGUGCGGGAUUUUCUCACCUGAUGUGGGGAACAUGCGCGACAACUCUGGACGGAAGAAGAUUCGCAUCACAGAGCACGAACAAGUUGCACGAUCUAGAUUCGGCCGUGCAAAAGGUUUUGAAGGGAUCAGAUCGCAAAUUCGUUGAGAGUGUGGAAGUGUGUAUCGAGACAGCCUUGGACCCCCGCAAGGCAGACCAUUUGAUAAGGGGGCUUGUCAAAUUGCCACACGGUAACGGGAAAUCGAUCAAGAUUGCUGUUUUUGCCACUGGUGAAGCUGCUGAUGCAGCCAAGAGGCUUGGGGUGGAAAACGUGGGACUUGAGGACUUGAUUGAAAAGGUGAAGGAAGGAAAGCUGGAUUUCGAAAGAUGUCUGGCUACUCCGCAAGCAAUGCCUAAACUCAACAGCAUAGCACGUAUUCUUGGCCCACGUGGUCUGAUGCCAAAUCCAAAGACCCAGACAGUGACGGAGGACAUCGAAAAAGGGAUCAAGGACCUCAGAUCGGGCUUGGUGUUCAAGGUCGACAAGGCAGGGUACAUCCAUGGAUGUAUCGGCAAGAUCGAUUACACGCCAGAACAAAUCAAGGAAAACCUCUCCGUUUUCGUGUCAACAAUCACAGAUCUGCGCCCAAAGUCGCUAUCCGGUCAAUUUCUCAAGAGUUGUUUGAUUAAGUGUACUAUGGGCAAAGCCUUCAAAAUCAAAAUGUCAGAACUCACAGGAACGUCUUCCGAAACUGCUUCUCCUUCAUCGACUUCUGAAAAGAAGGAAAGUGACUGGUGUUCCAUUCCGCUUGAUCUUAUCCUUUGA